AACAAGCAGAGUCCCAAACCCUAACUUGCUCCUUUUACUGUUCCGGCUAGAGCCCCUGGUCUCCCUCCUGUUCCGAGCGUCCCUGUCCCUCUCUUUUCUGGGACUGUCGUGUCUCUACCUGGAGGAGCAGUGGGAGAUGGCGAGCGUUCACGGUAGCAACGCCAAUCUCGACGCUGGGGUGGUUCCAAAGGUGGGAGCUUUCGUGAUCGAGGCUGCCCUGCUGGCUCAGAGAACCGCUUGCUUGCUCCUGCUUCUGGUUGCGUUGCAGCAUGGUGAUGACUCUGUGUUAAUGAAAAUUGAUUCAGAACGAAGGCUCUCUGCAGCUGAUUUAGUUGGAGUGAAAGAGCCAUUGCCAGAGAAUGAGGACACUGGUGAGAUGGCAUCUCAGGACCCUGAGGACAAUGGUGAUGGGGAGGGCGACGAUGACGAUGAGGGAGAAGAUGACAGUGAUGAUGAUAUGGAGGGGUCUGAUGAUGAUUAUAGCGAGGCUGACAGUGAUGAGGAAAGCGAUGAAGACAAUGACGACGAGGACGAAGAUGACGAGGACGAGGACGAGGACGAAGACGACGAUGAUGAGGAGGAUGAUGCGCAAUCUCAGCCACCUUCCAAAAAGAAGAAGUGAACAAUUAUGCAUACCCUGUUGUCCAAACUGGUUAAUUGUUGUUUAGACAGAUUUUUUCCUUUUUUCAAAAGGAUUUGACCUGGAAUAAAGAAGUAAAGCUGAUUAUUUGCGCAGGUCUCAGAAAUUAUAUA